AUGACUUCUCCACACUCAUUGCGCUCUUCGAGCGUCUACCCUAAGCUGCAAAUCUCAACAACAGACGCCGCCAACGACGGCAGCAUGGGCACCUUUGCCUGGCCCACGAGCCUCGACUCAAGCAUCGACGGACAUGCGAGUAAUAGUCACGACCACUUCACCCAGCAAUCCCUCGAGGUGUCGUUGCACCCUACAUCAGCCACAUCCGCCUCAACAUCUGCCUCCUCACGCUCGCCCUCAAGCUACCGCCGCUCAGGCUCGAUCUCAAGCAGCACCGGGGGUGCCGCAACCAAACUCGACGCCCUCAUGCCCUUUGGCCGUGACGACUCCAAACGACACACCAUGGCGUCGGUCAACACGACCCUUUCCGCGCCAGAGCUGCACAGCUCGCCGGAGUCGGAUGAUGGCCUAGCGUACGACCCUGCUCCUCCACGUCCAAGCUCAAUGGGAUCGCGCCGUAGCCAGCGAUUCAACAGCACCGGCUCGGCAACCUCCUCUACGGGCAAGCAUCGCCGCGAGACCACGCCCGCAUGGAAGACGCGCCACAAAUGCACGCCGGAGCAACAGCGCCAGCUCCUCGCCUUCUUUGACCACAACCGUAAUCCCAAGGGUAAGGUGAGGCAGGAGCUAGCGGAUCAGCUCGGCAUGCCAGAGAGGAGCGUACAGAUCUGGUUCCAGAACAAGCGCGCCCGGUUUCGAAAGCUUUGCAAGUCGACAGGAGUGAGCGAGGAUUCGCACGAGGCUUUGCAGGCUGUGUAUCACGAUAUGCCAGACAAGACCGGACUCAAGGUCACGGUCAAACGGUCGCGCGCAACCAAGCAAGAGCAUGCUAGCGAUAACGAUGUCGAAGAGCAGUCCGCAGUCAGAGAAGUCGAGGAUGUCGCGAAUUCCCCCACAGAGCCACGCGCCUCGCCACGCGCAAAGCUCAAGGCCAGCGUUGAUGAUGCGAGGAUGGACCAUUCGCCCGAAGUCAAGACUUCGCGCCUUCCGACAGCCAAGGUGGAUCGCCCAGCGAGCUCCUCACAUGCAAGCACGCCAGCGCGUCAAGCCUCUAGAUCCAAAUUGAGUGCUGAUGCUCAGCAGUCAAUCACGCAGCUCCCCGCCUUCUCCCUCUGCAUCGCAACUUGGCGUCGAAUCGCGCCCCUCACCUGCUUCUUCUCGCGGCGACUACACCGCCUCUCCUGGACGCUCAAGGCCGACUCGGUGGGCUUCCGUAUCGAUCUCCCCUACACCUCCAUCAACUCCCUCGCCUUCUCCGGCCCCGUCCGACCCUCGAUGGCCGAGCUGGCGGAAGGCAUCUCCGAGCCCCUUGGAAUGCUAAGGGUCGACCUGGAGAAACAGCCUCAAUUCUACAUGGAGACGUUCAGGAGCGCGGAUCCCGUGGAUGAGGCUGAUGCCCUGCAGAAUCGAUGGAGACAGACGGAGGACUUCACCGAGGGAAAUGCAGGGACGCGAUGCCUUACGCACGUGUUGAGCGGGCCAUACGAUCAGCUCAAGGAGGCAGUCCUCGCGCUCAAGGGGUCGGAUGCCGCCAUCGCGGAGAAGCUCGUCAUCUACGACGCAAUGCCUGGCGCCGGCGGCGAAGUCAGCGGAUCGGUCCCGCCUCCGCUCCCCAUGCCUCGCCACUCGACGGACGUUGCUGGUCCUCCGCCGCUGCUCAGGCAGCAUGACUGGCAGCAAAGCCCGCAUCAGCCUAGCUUUGGCGCCAACUCGUACGGCUUCCCUCAUGGUGGCGCAGGCGCAUUCGUCAAUAGCAGCACCGACCCUUCACCUGUUACAGCGCCGUACGAACUGCCCUUCCAGCAUGCAGGCCAGCACGGUAUGUCGUUCCCGUACGAUCAAGCCGCGGCGGGGCAAGAGAGGACCACCUUCUGGCCAGCAACCAGCGACAGUUCUGCUAGCUUAGCUGGGGACGAGACGUUCAGCAGCACGCAUGGUCAUCUCGGCCACGCAAAUGCUCGUUAUCUUCAUCCGCAGCACCAGCACCAAUACUACGUCCCUCAAGCCGAGCUGUACGGCGGUGAAGCGCCUCAACAGCAGCUCCCGCCUGCGACGGCUGCUACGCUUGCCUCACUCUGGUCGACGGAUCCGCCCAUCACCACUGCGCCUCACAAUGUAGGCGGUCUCCUCAUCAACUCGUCGAACGACAUCUUCUCCGCCCCACAACACGACGAGGCCGCCCCGGCACUCUCGGCGCAGUCGAGUCGUCGACCCUCAACCAUGUCCGCCACGGGCUCGGGCUCAGGAACGAUGCACACUACCGCAGGCGGUGAUGCGUCUCCACACUCUGCUUCUGCUUCUGCUUCGAGCCUCAAUUCUGCCCUCGCCUUCGGUGAGGCGGGCUCAGUGAGACCAAGCACCGUAUCCGGCGCCGUGGGCGUGGGCGUAUGGGAUCGUCCACCACCUAUGACCCUGCUCGCGCAGAGACAGGCAUCGAUCGGUCAGCAGCAGGCGGCGAGCGGUAGUAUGGAGCAGGACUCCAUGUUGCCCUCGUCGUUGUGA